CCGUGCGCCAAGAGAGAAACAGGCGCCGUGUUUUGGGAUCGGACAUCGGAGUUGUGCGCGAGCCAGGAGCCCAAGAUCCUAGAUCCUUAUCCCAACAGGGGCCGUUUCGUUGGCCGAGUUCGAAGGCGCGACGGCAACGGCAGGUUCCUUCCAGGCUAUAAAACGCGAGCCCGCGGCGCUCGCUGCACGCAGAUUCAUCGGAGAUCAUCGGGAGGAGAGCACUAACUGGGCGACGCACAGGCACAGCAUGGGGCGGCGGUUCAAUCUGACCAUGUCGCUCCUCGCCGUCGUCGUCCUAGUGCUUCUCGCCGCGCCGUGUGCCUCCGCCGCGCAGGUCAAGACGACCGAUACGCGCUGGAGCUUCCAGCUCCCUUUACCCAGCGGUGUCAGCGGCGCCGAGAGCCUCGCGUUCGACGGCAAGGGCGAGGGGCCCUACGCCGGCGUCUCAGACGGCCGUGUCCUCAAGUGGGGCGGCAGCGCCGUCGGCUGGACCACGUUCGCGCACAGCGCCAACUACAGGAAGAUCCCGCUGUGCACGGCGGGCGUGGUGCCGUCGGCGGAGACCGAGAGCAUGUGCGGCCGCCCCCUGGGCCUCCAGUUCCACGCCAAGACCGGCGACCUCUACAUCGCCGACGCCUACCUGGGGCUCACGCGGGUCGGCCCGGGAGGCGGCGAGGCCGAGGUGCUGGCGACCGGUGCGGACGACGGCGUCCCGUUCAACUUCGUCAACGGCCUCGACGUCGACGAGGCCACCGGCGACGUCUACUUCACAGACUCGAGCGCGACGUACCCGAGGAGGUUCAACACGGAGAUCAUGAUGAACGCGGACACGACGGGGCGGCUGCUCAGGUACGACGCGCGCACGAGGAGCGUCUCCGUGCUCAAGGCCGGCCUGCCGUACCCGAACGGCGUGGCGGUCAGCCCCGACGGCGAGCAGGUCGUGGUCGCGCACACCGUGCCGUGCCAGGCGUUCAGGUACUUCCUCCGGGGCGCCCGGAAGGGGCAGUACGAGCUGCUGGCGGACCUGCCGGGCUACCCGGACAACGUGAGGCGGGAUGGCAGGGGUGGCUACUGGGUGGCGCUGAACCAGGAGAAGCAGCGGCUGGACGCGACUCCGGCGACGGGCCCCGUGAAGCACCUCGUCGGGGUCCGCCUGGACGCCCACGGCGUGGUGGUGGAGGAGCUUACGGCGGCCAAGGGUGUCACGCUGAGCGACGUGGCGGAGACGAAGGGGAAGCUGUGGCUGGGCUCCAUCGAGCUCGAGUACGUCGGACUCGUUGCUUGAGCGGCUGCGUACCACACUAGCAACGUUAGCUAUGGCCAUGUUAUGUUAGGAAUUAGGAUUAGGAAUUGGAUUAGCAAGUACGAGCGAGUAGCCUUUAGUUUCAUGUCUUCGCGUGACAAACAUCGUUAUUUUACCGAUUAUCAAUAAAUUUCAUUUAUUGCUUGAUUAUCA